AUGCCGCGUUUAGUGGUGUACGUCGUUAUGCCACGUCGAAGCGAGUCUUUCUGCACGUCCGAAUUACCCUGCGUCAUUGAAGACCUCGACACGUACUUCUGGAUCUCACGAAAGCGUGGCGAGAUGGGCCCGGAAAUUCGUCGGACUAAGUCUGCGGACCCUGUCCUCCCUUCCGUGCCCCAAGUGGACGGACCGACCGAACAGCUCAAGGCCACCAAGAAAAGUAAGUCGAAGAAGAAGAAGAGUAACAAUAAGAAAAACAAAAACAAGGGAAAAGGCAAAGCUGUUGAGGUGGGGGUUGAGGUCGAGGACAAUGUUGUUGUUGCUGUCGUUGAUAGUGGCUGUGACGUGGCCAAGGAGGGACAACAACAGAAGCAGACUGAGAACGGCGAUGACCAUCAUGAUGAUGAUGAUGUUGUUGUUGUUGCUGCUGCUACUGUGACCGCCAUCUCUACUGCUGGUGGUGGUGAAGGAGUCAAGAAUGGUGAUAGUAUGCCUCCACCCUAUUCCAGCGCGGGAGAGGACACAAGCAUUGGCGAGCCUGCCUCUUCGGUCGUGACCAACUCGCCGGUGGCCAGAAUGGCACCGGCCGCCGAAGCAGCUGUUCUCAAGGCGAGGAUCUUGGAAGCGAUGAAAAGAAAAGAAAGACUCGAACGCCAAAUCCAAGAGGAACGCAACUCUAGUGCUCAGGCUAGCUCAUCUGUGCCUGCUAAGUCGGAUACUUCGUCCAUGAGCCAGCGACGACCUGACAGUGGUAGUGUCGACAAUCUUUCGCACGUCAACCGUUCGCAGCACAGUCCAGUGAGUGAGGUGCGUGCUACCGGUGGCAACAAUUCGCAACCUUCCACCUCAGUCGUGGACUAUUCUUCUGAAGAGGCUGUACGUACUUCGGGCUCGCGAUCCGAUGAACCUAACAGCCAGGACCAUUAUCGUGCUGCUAACGACAGAGAAACUCAACAGUACUGUCGGGCUCACAUGCGGGCUCCUUGCCGCUUCGAUCCAAGCUGCUGUGUUCAUAAGCCCAUUCGAGGAUGCAACUGUCCCCCGAGAUCGUCUUGCUGUUGUUCGCACCACAAAGGCGACUGCUGCACUUGCUUGACAUAUCUCAAUACUGUGUCGGCCAAGAGCGACACUGAGACACCCAGCGAUGUCGGUCAAGGUAUGGAAGGCAGUAGUACGGUUGCUGAACGCAACACUUCGAUUGGAAAGAAAAGCGUGGUAGAUGAAAAGGGCAAGGGUGUGGAUUCACUUUCGACACAUCUCAUUCAGUUGUUCGAGAGUCGUGAGCUAUGCGAUUUUCACUUCAAACUGACGUCGUCGAGCAAUGGCUUGUACCAAUCCACCAUAAUCCCCGUGCAGGUGGCCGUUAUCGCUCGCAGCCCGUUCGUUGCCGCGCUCCUGCGGACUCAACUUUAUCGGGAAGGACACCGCGAAAUUGCUGUGACACUGGGUGACCAAGUCAACUUGAUACAGGGAUUCGAGCAAGCGAUUCGCAACCUGUAUGGGGCACCCCUUCUCCACGGCGAGCAGCUGAGAACCGAGGCCCUUGCAGUACUGGGGUACACAGAAGAGUCUCAAAGCAUGUACCCAUUCCCGAUCAGAACAGCCAUGCUCGAUUUGGCCUUUUCAUACGCUGCAUCUGGUGCCUUCUUUCACGUCAGUGGCAUCCUCGAGGCAGGCAUCAGAAUGGCACUGGAGCUGAUCGACUGGAGCACUGUCGAAACAAUCAUCCACUUUGGUCUCCGUGUGGAUAGAUUCUCAAUUAUUCUGGAGGGCACCGAAACUCCUCCGGGCAGUCCUCGCGCCAAUCAUACUCGGUCCGGACAUGUCCUGGUCAGAAACCGACAGCUCCGAGACAUCUGGGCCCCAUUGCUGGUCAGAGCCGCGUUGUCGUUCAUCGCUGAGAGCAUCGAUGACAAGUUCGUCUUGUACUCUCAAGCCCAAAGCCUGCAUGUUCCAAACCGUAUCCCAGACAGCUUGAACACUGGACCUGGUGCCAUAGGCUCUGAGCCGGGAUCUGCCUCCGCGAACUCAACAACGACUGAGAGCAAGCCAAACCGCGAGACCUUGGUCGCCUCCGCUGUCCUGAUCAGCCUCCCGUUCGUGCAUCUGCAAGAGGUGUUCAGGACUUUGAGUGCACGUCGCGUACUGUCAAACAACCUCGCACAAGCGAUAAUGAGUGAGAGGGAAUCACGACGACUGCAGGCACUGCGAGAGCUUGGCAAGAAAGGCGAGAUCAAUGAGAAAAACCUCCCCAGUGAGACGAAGGAGUUGGGCUAUGGGGAAUAUCUUGUCUUCAAGAGUGUCUGCAAGCAAGGCCAAGGACCCGUGACGGUGACAACAGAAGUCAGCCUGGAGAGGGAGUGGAUUGGUUGUCGGUCGCCAGACGCCAAACAGUAG